AUGCCCGGGCCCCUCUCCCCACGGCACUCUGGGUUUUUACCUAUCGGCGGCACACAGUCUAACGAUAUGCCUGAAGUUGAAAUCCCCUUGACCCAGGUCAAGAGCGCCGCCUCCACGGGUGCGCGGAAACCCACCAUGAACGCUGCCGCCAACGACGACUCUGGCACCGGCGACAAUGAGAAGCAUGGCCUUUUUCAUCGCAACGGCAAGGGUGGUCGUCGCAAGAAGGCUGCUGAGUUAAGCCGCCAUGGAACUGGUGGUUCCGACGAUGUCAAGGUCAAUGCCAUGGGCAAGUUUUACAGCAAAAUUACCAAUGCCUCUGUCUUUACGCGUUACCUGGUCUACAUUAUCCCAGUGGGCCUUCUUCUAGCCGUUCCUCUCAUCGUUCUACCCAUUCUCGGCCUCAGAGACGACAUUCUGUUGACCGGAAACCUAAAAAUAGAAGAAGACCAAAAAGCAAACUUCCAGCACCUCUCACUAUUCCGACUCUUCCUAUGGAUCGAGAUUGCCUGGCUCACCCUAUGGGCUGGCAAGCUUGUCGCCUGGUUCCUUCCUCACAUCUUCAUGUUCUUCUGCGGUGUCGUCAGUUCCGGUGUCCGAAAGUACGCUACCGUCCUUCAGAACUUGCAGAUCGCUCUGUCUCUCUUUUUCUGGGCCCUCGCAUCCUGGCUAUCUUUCCAGGGCUUGUUCAAAACCAGCAAUACUGAUACUCCUUCAUGGGCCACCACCAUGGUGCGCAUUCUCGGCGCUACCAUGGUGUCGUCGGCCGUCUACUUGGGCGAGAAGGCCAUUGUCCAACUUAUUGGUAUCUCCUAUCAUCAGCGGUCCUUCGCCCUCCGCAUCAAGGACUCUAAGCGCGAGGUUCGCCUGCUCGGUCUUCUCUACGAUGCCUCGCGAACGCUGUUUCCCAUGUACUGCCCUGAAUUCGAGGACGAGGAUUACAUCAUCAACGAUAGUCUUGACUUGAUCUUGGCCAAGGCCGCGAAGGGUGCCAAGGGUAACGGCUCAGCCACUCCUUUGCGUCUGGUUGGUGACAUUGGUCGCAUGGGUGACAAAAUUACGGGUGUUUUUGGCAACAUCGCCUCUGAAAUCACCGGAAAGCAGGUCUUCAACCCCAAUUCGGCUCACUCCAUCGUUAUCGAGGCGCUUGAGAAGACGAAGCCUUCAGAGGCUCUUGCUCGCCGUAUUUGGAUGUCUUUUGUCGUCGAAGGAAAAGAUUCGCUUUACAUCGAAGAUUUCCAGGAAGUUCUCGGACCCGCUUACUCUGAGGAGGCCGAGGAGGCCUUUGGUAUGAUUGACAAUGAUCAGAAUGGCGAUAUUAGCUUGGACGAAAUGACGCGCAAGGUUGUCGAGAUUGGCAAGGAACGCAAGGCUAUCACCGAAGGAAUGAAGGACAUUGGUCAGGCACUUCGCGUGUUUGAUAAGGUCCUCAUGUUCGUUGUUCUCUUGAUCGUCGUCUUCAUCUUCCUCGCCUGGUUCCAGUCCAGCUUCUUGACUACCGUCGCUACUGCCGGAACUGCACUUUUGUCUCUGUCUUUCGUCUUCGCUGUCACUACCCAAGAGUUUCUUGGUUCUUGUAUUUUCCUUUUCGUCAAGCACCCUUAUGACGUCGGCGACAGAGUCGACAUUGCUGGUGGCGAGAAGCAGCAGCUUAUUGUCGACAAGAUUUCCCUUCUUUAUACCGUCUUUACUCGCAUCGAUAAGAUGCAGGUGGUACAGGUCCCCAACAUUCAGCUCAACAACCUUUGGAUCGAGAACAUCUCCCGUAGCAAGGCCAUGAAGGAGGUUAUUGAUCUCAACAUCUCAUACGACACCACUUUCGAAGACAUUGAGCUCCUGCGCGUUGAGAUGGAGAACUUCGUACGCCAUCAAGACAACUCGCGCGACUUCCAACAGGAUAUCGCCAUUGGUGUAUACGGCGUGGGCGACUUGGACAAGCUGCAACUCAAGAUUGCUAUCAAGCACAAGUCUAACUGGCACAACGAAGCUGUCCGGGCCACCCGCCGCUCCAAGUUCAUGUGUGCUCUUGCCCUUGCCCUCAAGAAAAUCCCCAUUUACGCCCCCGGCGGUGGCUCCGAUGCCCUUGGUGCACCCGGCAACCCGUCUUACUCUGUGGCUGUUUCUGACGAAUUUGCGGCGGCUGCCCGUGAGAAGGCCGCGAAGGCUAAGGAUGAGUCACGCAUGGUGCCCUCUGCAGCCGCCGACGGUUGCGACAGCAGUGUUAACUCUAGCGUUGAGAAACAAGCCGUUAAUGAACUGAACACGCGCGACAUUUACGCCGACGAGGAGUGGGGAUACCGAGUGGCGGACGAACAGACAUUAUCGGGAUCAAGGGACCGCAAGUCGGAAGACCGCCGCCGCUCCAACGAUAUCGAACGCGUCCGCAGCCAACUGCUGAAGCGAGGUAGUACCAAGGGCGGUGGUGGCCGUCGCAAGCCCGGCGAGGCGAUCCCCGCUUCUCCUCUUGGCGAGGGCCCCAGCAUGUACCUGACGCAAACUACAUCGCGUAAUCGCGCGUACGACGAGGAGGCCGAGACUGGCGUGACGGGAACCUACAACUCCCAAUACUACGGUGCCCAAGCCACUGGCUACUCACAAUACGCGGGACAAUCUCUCUCACCCACAGUCUCGCAGCCUCCCGGCACAGCAGCAUCCCACCUCGACGCACCCCAUCCUCUGCAAAGCGCUCCUCCAUCCGGCCAGCGCCCUAGAGGACGGAGUGUGUCCAACAGCCAACAGCAACAAAAUGCUCAGCAAAGCACCCAGAAGUAG